AUGUCGUCCGAGGCUCCCCAGACCAAGAAGUUCCAGAAGGGCGAGCGGACCAUCACGCCCGCCAGCCAGAAGGCCAGCAAAUACUACCCGGCUGAGGACGAGGCGCAAGCAAAGAAGUCCCGCAAGGCUCUUCGCCCAUACAAGCCACGCGCAUCGCUCCAGCCCGGUGCUGUCCUCAUCCUCCUCGCUGGCCGUUUCCGAGGCAAGCGCGUGGUCCUCCUCAAGACCCUCCCCGAGGGCGUUCUCCUCGUUACAGGCCCAUUCAAGCUCAACGGUGUCCCGCUCCGCCGCGUCAAUGCUCGCUACGUGAUCGCCACGAAGACGACCGUGCCCCUCGACGGCCUCGACGCUCAGACUGUCGAGAAGGCUGGCAGCGAGAACUACUUCGCCCGUGACAAGAAGGCUGAUAAGAAGGGCAGCCAGGAGGCUUUCUUCGCACAGGGAGAGAAGCCAGCGAAGAAGGAGGUGAACAGCGACCGUGCUCAGGAUCAGAAGGCAGUGGACAAGGCACUUUUGGCCACGAUCAAGAAGGACAAGAUGCUCUUAGGCUACCUUUCGACCAGCUUCAGCUUGAGAAACGGUGACAGGCCGCACGAGAUGGUCUUUUAG